AAAUUCAGUGAAAAUAACUUUGGUUGACAUCAUCAAUAAUGUCAUCAAUCAAUUAUUAUCGAUCCAAAUUGCUGCUGCUGCUGUCGUUAUUAUUGAUUUUUUUCUGUUCAAUCAAUCAAUUUGUAAAUGGUGAAGAUGAGAUACCGAUAUCAUCGACCACCGCUUCGACUUUGACCACCUCAAAUUCCACCACCACUACUGUUGUUUCACCACCGGUGUCAAACGCAACUGAUGAACAAUUAUCACCGACAACGACGACGAAACAAGAAAAUUCUACAACCGAAAAACUCAAUGAAAAUGAAAAUGAUGAAGGGGGGUUAAUCCGGGAUGAAAAUAAAGGCCGUGAAUUUAUGCUUGAAUUUGAUAAACUAAUGGAACAAUUAAAUUAUGAAAUUGUUGAAGCAAGUUUUAAUUUUCAUACAAAUUUAACUGCUGAAAAUCAAGCACAUUUGGUAAGUUUCUUGUUAGAGAAAUUUCCCUGGUAAUCUAAUCUAAAUCUUACUUUUCUGGAAAUUUUCCCAUCUUUUUCUUGCCAGCUUGAAGUAACAAAAAAAUUAAAUCGUCAACAAAAAGAAAUAUGGAAAAAAUCAAAACGUUAUGAUUAUCAACAAUUUUCAGAUCCAAUUUUACGUCGGUUAUUUGAAAAAAUAUCCGUACUUGGUAUACCAGCAUUAGAAGAACAGGAUUCGGAAAAAUUUACAAAAAUAUCAACCGAAUUAACACGUACAUAUGAUCAGGCAUCAAUAUGUUUAGAUGGAAAAUGUGGACUGGAUUUAGAUCCAGAUUUAUAUCAAAUUAUGGCCAAAUCACGUGAUCCAGAAAAAUUAAAACAUGUAUGGAUUGAAUGGCGUAAUCAAGCUGGUAGUCCAAAUCGACAACGUUAUAUUGAAUAUAUCCAUCUUGGUAAUAAAGCUGCAAUUGCAAAUGGUUUCAAAACAUUAGAUGAUCUUUGGUUAUUUCCAUGGGAAACCGAAGAUUUUAAACAACAAGUUGCCCAGCUAUGGGAAGAAUUAAAACCAUAUUAUCAAAAAAUUCAUUCAUAUGUUCGAAUGCGUUUACGACGAUUCUAUGUUGAAGAUCGUAAUGAUAAUGAAACAACAACGACAAUAAAUUGGCCAACGGAUGGUACAAUUCCAGCACAUUUAUUGGGAAAUAUGUGGUCACAAACAUGGGGAAAUAUUUAUGAUUUGGUUGUACCAUAUCCUGGUCGUAAAUCAUUAGAUGUUACGGAAGAAAUGCGUGAACAAAAUUAUACAGCAAUGAAUAUGUUUCAUUUGGCUGAAAAAUUUUUCAAAGAUUUAGGUCUUAUACCAAUGCCUGAAACAUUUUGGAAAUAUUCAAUGUUUACAAAACCAUCCGAUCGUAAAGUUGCAUGUCAUGCAACUGCAUGGGAUUUUUAUAACCGUCAGGAUUUUCGUGUAAAAAUGUGUACAUCGGUUACAAUGAAAGAUUUAAUAACCGUACAUCAUGAAAUGGGUCAUAUACAAUAUUAUUUGCAAUAUAAAGAUCAACCGGUUGCAUUUCGUGAAGGUGCAAAUCCUGGUUUUCAUGAAGCUGUUGGUGAUUUACUAGCAUUAUCAGUAUCAACACCAGAACAUUUGAAAAAAAUUAAUCUUUUAUCACCGAAUGAAACGGUUGAUCAAGAAAUCCUUCUGAAUUAUCAAUUAAAAAUGGCUUUAGAUAAAUUGGCAUUUCUGCCAUUCGGUUAUCUAAUGGAUGCUUAUCGUUGGGAUCUGUUUAGCGGUAAAGUUUCAUUGGACGAAAUGAAUAAACAUUGGUGGUGGUAUCGUUUGCAAUAUCAAGGUAUUUCACCACCAGUUCGACGUAAUGAAUCAGAUUUUGAUCCUGCUGCAAAAUAUCAUAUACCAGCUGGUGUUGAAUAUAUCCGGUAUUUUGUUUCGUUUAUUAUACAAUUUCAAUUUCAUCAAACACUUUGUAAAAUUGCACAACCUGGUCGGCCAUUAUAUCAAUGUGAUAUUGAUGGUAAUCAUCAGGCUGGUGAACAUUUAGCCAAAAUGUUACGAUUAGGAUCUUCGGUACGUUGGCCAGAAGCAAUGAAAUUGAUGACCGGUUCGGAACGAAUGUCAGCCGCACCAUUAAUUGAAUAUUUUCAACCAUUAUUUCAAUGGUUAGAUCAACAAAUCGUUAAUGAAACAUUAGGAUGGCAGGUAAAUCUGGAUAAUUAUAUUUGAUUUAUAAAUGACUAAAAUAAUUAAUUUUUGCGCAAAAUACAAAAAAAAAUUGAAUUU